UGUUGAGGAUAUACUUCACGAUGGUGGAAGAAAAAAUGUUUACGGUUCUGAAUGGUUAGAGAGGAACGAUUUAUGAUUAUUAACAGUUAGCACUUGUUUAUACUAGUAUAUUCACGUGUUCUUCGCGUUUUGCAAAGAAAAUCCUAAUUUAAAAUCUGAAUUUCCAAUGCAAGCACAGCUUCUACUGCAAGCGCUGAAUUAUCCGGAGGCGAAUUUGGUAUCGAUGUUGUGGUUUGAUAUUUAUACACAAUAUUUGUUCAUAUAACGUUAUACCUGUAAGUACAGUGGGAUAUGAGAUCAGUGCAGCUGCUUUGGUGAAAGUGAUGUAAAAGCAGCUCGUCAGCGAUUCUUGUGUGUGAUUCACUCUCGUAUGAACUGAACUGAAGUGGUCGGUGGCGAUGUCUCUGGUAGCGUACGACAGCAGCGACGACAGUGAUCGCGAUGACUCGCCGGGUUCGUCUGCUCGACCUGCGGGAAAGCUCGGCGGACUUUUCGCAUCUCUGCCAGCGCCGAAAAAGCCGGAGAUCCGAUCGAGCGCGGAUCAGACAUCAGCUCCUCAACCUAAAAGGAUGAUUAUGGAUCUGCCCAAACCUAAGAAACGCACAGAACCCGUUAAAAUCACCGUUCCUGAAAUAAAACCAGCAGAUUCUGAUUCUGAUGAUGACGAACCAGUCCGAAAGAAAUCAGCUCCUCAGGGAGGUGGUGGUCUGUCCUCUCUGCUGCCCCAGCCUAAGAAUCUGGUGGUGAAGGAGACCGAGCGGCCCCUGUUGCCACACACCCUAACCAAACGCCCCGGAUCAGAUAAGCCAAAAGCGACCCCAGCGAAGUCCCAGGGUCUUUCUGGAACCAGCCCGUCCCCAUCCGCCAUCAAAGCGGCUGCGAAAUCAGCAGCGAUGCAGCUAGCCAAACAAAUGGCUGCGGAUGAAGAGGGAAGUGAUGAUGAGCUUGCUCCAGAGAACUACUUUUCCCUUCCGGAAAGCUCAGCAGCACAGCCUGUGAUGCCUCAAAACCCCCAUUCUCAGCAGUAUGUUCCCUCUCUACACCCUCCACCCUCCAGUGUGGAAGACGCCCCGUUGGACUUUGUUUCUAAUGCAGACAGUUACAGUAAGUCAGUCGGAGCCAUGCAAGACUAUCAGACAGGAGAAUAUCAACAGCAGUACCAGGAGUAUCCCGAAAUUCCACUGCCAGAGACUUCUCCACAGGAUUACUAUGGUGAGGGAUAUUACCAAGGCCCGAACCCUGCGGCUGAUGAGCAAGAAGAUUCAGGGUCCUCAUCAAUGUUCAAUGAUGAAGCAUUUCGGCGACUGCAGGGCAAACAGAAUCGUGGAAGAGAGGAAAUCAAGUUCCUGGAAAUCAAAGGAGACGAUCAGCUGAGCGGCAAUAAGCAAUGGAUGACAAAGAACAUGACGGCAGAGGCAGAGCCGCGCAAGUCCUUCAGCAAGAAAAAAGGAGAUCAGCCGACAGGACAACAGAGACGCAAGCACCAAAUCACAUAUCUGAUUCAUCAGGCCAAGGAACGUGAGCUGGAACUCAAGAACAACUGGGCCGAAAACAAGUUGACUCGACGACAAACGCAAGCCAAGUACGGAUUCUAACAGACUGGAUAUCAAGAUAUUGCGCACACCACCUCUACCUAACGUUGAGCAGAUUUUGUCAGAGACUGCAGCCGAUGUAUAGAUUCAGCUUUUAGAGAUGUAAUACCAGUUUCGUAACGUUUCAGAAAGGAGUAAAG